AAGCUCAUUUGAUUUUUUUUUUAGAUUCAAUAGGAACUUUUUAUUCAAAUUUCAUAUAUGCAUAAGAUCCCAAAACCCAAGCUUCCACUCUGCAGUCUGCACCACAACAAAUACGGAUGCUUUUGGCGCCGCCGCCGCCGCCGCCGCCGCGUCCAGCGGCGUCGUUCUCCUCUGCUUCUCUGUUGUCGCGUCCUUGUCGGCUUGCAAAAUCCCUCGUCCACACUACCUCCAUAUUCUCCAGUCCCCUUAGGCUGCGGAUUCAUCCCUUCCCCUCUCUUCUGUCGCUCUCACCCUCGGUUUCCACCCGCCAACCAUGUGCUCUCCCUGCCGAUGAACAGUCCGAGAUGGCGAAGCUCACCCAGAGUAGCUACUUGAAGAUAGGAGGGGAGGGGAGGGGAGGGGAGUGUAAUUUUCAGGCAAUUUUUAUCAACCAGUUGAAAUGGGGAAGAAGAUAAGGGAAAUUUCCAUGGAGAUUCCUAUGGUUUGGUUCAUUGGCAAAUAAGGAUAAUGUUUUUUAGCUUGUGUGAAUUGGUGUCCAAGUUUUUUUUUUUUUUAAUAGAAAACAACAUUUGAGAGCUUUAUUAGUUUAUUAU